AUGCUAAAUAGUAGAGAUGAGGUUGGAGAUGCUCGCUUUACUCACCAUUGCCUUUUCCCACCGCCAUACCUAAGUUUCCUUGCUUCUCGCUUCGAUUUCUCAAAGAGAGAAGCUGAAAUCAUGUUGGUUUACCAAGAUCUCAUUACCGAUUUUCAUUGGGUUGUGCAAGGAACUGUUAAUGUUGACAUUGGUGCCAAUCCUUCUGCUGAAGGUGCAGAAGAGGAUGAGGGUGUUGAUGAUCAAGCUGUGAAGGUUGUUGACAUUGUCGACACUCUUAGGCUUCAGGAGCAACCUCCUUUUUACAAGAAGCAGUUCAUUGCCUACAUAAAGAAGUUCAUAAAAAACUUGACACCCAGAUUGGACGCCGAGAAGCAAGAAAGCUUUAAGAAAAACAUCGAGGGAGCAACCAAGUAUUUGCUUGGGAAACUGAAGGACCGUCAAUUUUUUGUCGGAGAGAGCAUGCACGACGACGGAUGUGUGGUGUUUGGUUACUGUAAGGAGGGUGCUACUGACCCAACAUUGUUGUACCUGGCUUAUGCAUUGAAGGAGAUCAAGUGCUGAGGUUUGAAGAACCAA